UCUUCCGCACUCUUCUUUGUUUUGUUCACGUAGAAACCUGAUGUCCUGACCACGGGAGGUGGUAACCCAAUUGGAGACAAACUUAACAUUGUCACUGCAGGGCCCCGCGGACCCCUUCUUGUUCAGGAUGUGGUUUUCACUGAUGAAAUGGCUCACUUUGACCGAGAGCGUAUUCCAGAGAGAGUCGUGCACGCUAAAGGAGCAGGGGCCUUUGGCUACUUUGAGGUCACUCAUGACAUCACCAAGUACUGCAAGGCAAAAGUGUUUGAGCAUAUUGGAAAGAAGACACCCAUCGCAGUUCGAUUCUCCACUGUUGCCGGAGAGUCAGGCUCAGCUGACACAGUUCGUGAUCCUCGUGGGUUUGCAGUGAAAUUUUACACCGAAGAUGGUAACUGGGAUCUUGUCGGAAACAACACCCCCAUUUUCUUCAUCAGGGAUGCCAUAUUGUUUCCAUCCUUUAUUCAUAGCCAAAAGAGAAAUCCUCAAACGCACCUGAAGGAUCCAGACAUGGUGUGGGACUUCUGGAGCCUGCGUCCCGAGUCCCUGCAUCAGGUUUCUUUCUUGUUCAGUGAUCGAGGGAUUCCAGAUGGACAUCGGCACAUGAAUGGAUAUGGAUCGCACACUUUCAAGCUGGUUAAUGCAAAUGGAGAGGCAGUUUAUUGCAAAUUCCAUUAUAAGACUGACCAGGGCAUCAAAAACCUCUCUGUUGAAGAGGCAGCGAGACUUUCCCAAGAAGAUCCUGACUACGGCCUCCGUGAUCUUUUCAAUGCCAUUGCCAAUGGCAACUUCCCGACCUGGACUUUUUACAUCCAGGUCAUGACAUUUGCUCAGGCGGAAACUUUUCCAUUUAACCCAUUUGAUCUCACCAAGAUCUGGCCUCACAAGGACUACCCUCUUAUCCCAGUUGGCAAGCUGGUCUUGAACCGAAAUCCAGUUAAUUACUUUGCUGAGGUUGAACAGAUAGCCUUUGACCCAAGCAACAUGCCACCUGGCAUUGAGGCCAGCCCUGACAAAAUGCUUCAGGGCCGCCUUUUUGCCUAUCCUGACACUCACCGCCACCGCCUGGGCCCCAACUAUCUUCAGAUACCUGUGAACUGUCCCUACCGUGCUCGAGUGGCCAACUACCAGCGAGAUGGCCCAAUGUGCGUGAAUGACAACCAAGGUGGCGCUCCCAACUAUUACCCCAACAGCUUCAGCGCCCCGGUGGAGCAGCCCUAUGCCCUGGAGCACACCAGCCGCUGUUCUGCAGAAGUGAGGCGCUACAGCAGCAUGGAUGAGGACAAUGUCACCCAGGUGCGGACAUUCUAUACUCAAGUGCUGAACGAGCAGCAGCGGAAGCGCCUGUGUGAGAACAUUGCCGGCCACCUGAAAGACGCGCAGCUCUUCAUCCAGAAGAAAGCGGUCAAGAACUUCACGGACGUCCACCCCGACUACGGGGCCCGCGUCCAGGCUCUUUUGGACAAAUACAACGCUGAGAAGCCAAAGAAUGCGAUUCACACCUUUCUGCAGGCCGGAUCUCACUUGGCUGCCAAGGAGAAAGCUAACCUGUGAGGCUCCCUCACCGGGCAGCUCUGACCCUCCUCCCGGAGCAUCGUGCUCACACCCUAACCUGCUCGUCGCUGCAUGGAAGAUUCUCCUGCGCCAAGCGCACAGAUGCAAGCUAAUGUCUUUGAAAUGAUAAUCCAGGUAUCUAUAGCAAAUCAAGUAGCAAUGGCUUUCAGUGCUGUUUCCCUACAGAGAAGUAAAGGAUAGGGCUUACCAAUCACUAAACAUAAACACGUGUUUGCAUUUGACAGUUGGUUGGAUUAUUCAUUUAAAAUGACCAGAAGUUUCUAACCAGAAACAUGAUUUUUUUUUU